AGCAGGGUCACCUGUACCCUGUCUGUGAAGAGUGAUCAUUCAAUGGAACCACCACUCAAGUUCAGACGAGAGGACACAGAGGAUCAAAGGGUCCAGGUAGAAAGAGCAGGGUCACCUGUACCCAGCUGUCUGUCCAUGAAGAGUGAUUGUUCAAUGAAACCGCCACUCAACUUCAGAGGAGAGGUCACAGGUGAUCAAAGGGUCCAGGUAGAAGCAGGGUCACCUGUACCCAGCUGUGUGUCGAUGAAGAGUGAUUGUUCAAUGAAACCGCCACUCAACUUCAGAGGAGAGGUCACAGGUGAUCAAAGGGUCCAGGUAGAAAGAGCAGGGUCACCUGUACCCAGCUGUCUGUCGAUGAAGAGUGAUCGUUCAAUGGACCUGCCACUCAACUUCAGAGGAGAGGUCACAGGUGAUCAAAGGGUCCAGGUAGAAAGAGCAGGGUCACCUGUACCCAGCUGUGUGUCGAUGAAGAGUGAUUGUUCAAUGAAACCGCCACUCAACUUCAGAGGAGAGGUCACAGGUGAUCAAAGGGUCCAGGUAGAAAGAGCAGGGUCACCUGUACCCAGCUGUCUGUCGAUGAAGAGUGAUUGUUCAAUGAAACCGCCACUCAACUUCAGAGGAGAGGUCACAGGUGAUCAAAGGGUCCUGCAGUCACUGGAGUCAAGCUCUUUAGAAGACAAGAGUUCAGAGAAAUUAUCUUCCCCAAAACAGUCUCUCCUGAACACUCUGGUGGAGCUGAAGAAGAAUGGAGAGUUUAAACCGUUUCAGAGCCAUCUGAGUCAGGACUGCCCAGAAUGCUUUAAGACUCUGUCUGAAGAUCCUUCUGUGCUGGAGAAGUUCAUGAAGAUGAUGGAAUCGUUCACAAGUCAUCAAAGCCAUGAUUACCCAGAUUGCAGUGAGAGAGAGCAGGAGGAUCCUGAGCUCCUGUACAUUGUUGAGAAGAUGCUGGAGACCUGUGGCAGUGAGAGGUCUCUGAAGAUCACACUCCACAUCCUGAGGAACAUGAAGCAGAAGGAUCUUGCUUACUCACUGGAGAGAGAGCAGUGCAAUGAAUCCAUUAAAAGAGCCCAGCAGGAACUGAAAACCCAUCUGAAGAAGAAGUUUGAAUACACAUUUGAAGGUUUAGCAGUGCAGGGCCACACAACUCUCCUCAAUGAGAUCUAUACAGAGCUCUACAUCACAGAGGGGGGAAGUGGGGGGGUCAAUAAUGAGCAUGAGGUCAGACAGAUUGAGACGGCAUCCAAGAGACAAACCACCCAGGAGACUCCAAUCCUCUGCAAUGACAUCUUUAAGCCUUUACCUGGUCAAGAGAAACGCAUCAGAACUGUGCUUACAAAGGGCAUCGCUGGCAUUGGGAAAACCGUCUCUGUGCAGAAGUUCAUUCUGGACUGGGCAGAAGGAAAAGCCAAUCAGGACAUGGAUUUCAUCUUCACUCUUCCUUUCCGAGAUCUGAAUCUGAAGAAGGAAGGAGCAUUCAGUCUGAUGCAACUUCUGCAGCACUACUUUCCACAACUGAAAGAGGUCAAAAGUGUUGAAGGUGAUGAAGUCAAAGUUGUGUUUGUCUUUGAUGGUCUGGAUGAGUGUCGACUUCCUCUACAUUUCCAAAGCAAUGAGAUCUGCUGUGAUAUAACAGAGUCAUCAUCAGUGGAUGUGCUGCUGACCAACCUUAUUAAGGGGAAUCUGCUUCCCUCUGCUCUCCUCUGGAUCACCUCCCGACCUGCAGCAGCCAAUCGGAUCCCUCCUGAGUGCAUCCACCAGGUGACAGAGGUACGAGGGUUCAAUGACCCACAGAAGGAGGAGUACUUCAGAAAGAGAAUCCGAGAUCAGAACCAGGCCAGCAGAAUUAUCUCGCACAUCCAGUCAUCCAGGAGUCUCUACAUCAUGUGUCACAUACCAGUCUUCUGCUGGAUUUCUGCUACUGUCCUGGAGACAAUGUUGGGUGAAGUAGAGAGUGGAGAUCUGCCCAAAACUCUGACUGAAAUGUACACACACUUCCUGCUCAUUCAGACUAAUGUGAAGAAUCUGAAGUAUCGUGGCUCUGAUGAAACAAACCCAAAGAUGUCAGCAUCAGAUACAGAAAUCAUCCUGAAACUGGGGCAGCUGGCUUUUCAACAGCUGGAAAAGGGCAAUCUGAUAUUCUAUGAAGAGGACCUGAGAGACCGUGGCAUUGAUGUCAGUGAAGCUUCAGUGCAUUCUGGGGUGUGCACAGAGAUCUUUAAAGAGGAGCGUGGGUUGGGUCAGGAGAAGGUCUACUGCUUUGUGCAUCUGAGCAUUCAGGAGUAUCUGGCCGCCUUGUUUGCAUUUCAUUCCUGUGUAAAUGAGAACAGAAAUCUGCUCAGAACAGAAGAACCAAGACCUCAGAGUGACCGACUGUCUGAGUUCCGCAGGAGGGCAGUGGAUCAGGCCUUAGAGAGUGAGAACACGCACCCCAACCAGCUGUCUGGGUUCCGCAGGAGGGCAGUGGAUCAGGCCUUAGAGAGUGAGAACACACACCCCAACCAGCUGUCUGGGUUCCGUAGGAGGGCAGUGGAUCAGGCCUUAGAGAGUGAGAAUGGACACGGCUACCAGCUGCCUGGGUUCCACAGGAUGGCAGUGGAUCAGGCUUUAGAGAGUGAGAACACACACCCCUACCAGCUGUCUGGGUUACACUGGAGUGCAGUGGGUCAGGCCUUAGAGAGUGAGAAUGGACACGGCUACCAGCUGCCUGGGUUCCACAGGAUGGCAGUGGAUCAGGCUUUAGAGAGUGAGAACACACACCCCUACCAGCUGUCUGGGUUACACUGGAGUGCAGUGGGUCAGGCCUUAAAUGGACACCUGGACCAGCUGUCUGGGUUACACUGGAGUGCAGUGAGUCAGGCCUUAAAUGGACACCUGGACCAGCUGUCUGAGUUACACAGGACAGCAGUGGAUCAGGCCUUACGGAGUAAGAACGGACACCUGGACCUUUUCCUCCGAUUCCUUCUCGGCCUCUCUCUGGACACCAUUCAGACCCUCUUAGGAGGACUACUGGCACAGACAGGAAGCGGAUCCCCUGUGCCAGACCACCAUACACAGACAGAAAGCAGAUCACGGAGCACUCGGCAAACAGUCCAGUACAUUAAGGAGAAGCUCAAAUCCGAAUCUUCCGCAGAGAGGACCAUCAAUCUGUUCCACUGUCUGAAUGAACUGAAUGACAACUCUGCAGUGGAGGAAAUCCAGAAUUCCCUGAGAUCAGGACAACUUUCUCAUAAAGAGCUGGAACCCCACCAAUGUUCAGCUCUGGCUUUUGUGUUACUGAUGUCAGAGGAGGUCCUGGAUGAGUUUGAUUUGAAGACCUACAAAACAUCAGAAGCAGGUCAUCACAGACUGGUACCAGUAGUCAGGUACUGCAGGAAGGCCAUACUGCACAGUUGUAACCUAAGUGAGGAGUCCUGUGAAAUUGUGGCCUCAGCUCUCCAGUCAUCAAACUCACCCCUGAGAGAUCUGGACCUCAGCAGCAAUACCCUGGGAGAUGCAGGAGUGAAGCUGCUCUGUGCUGGACUGAUGAAUCCAAACUGUAAACUACAGAGACUGGGACUGGUCAGCUGUGACCUAAGAGAGGAGUCCUGUGAAGUUGUGGCCUCAGCUCUCCAGUCAUCAAACUCACCCCUGAGAGAUCUGGACCUCAGCUACAAUAACCUGGGAGAUUCAGGAGUGAAGCUGCUCUGUGCUGGACUGAUGAGUACAAACUGUAAACUACAGAGACUGGGGCUGUCAGGCUGUAGAGUCACACAGAGAGGCUGUGAUUCUCUGGCUUCAGCUCUGCGUUCAAACCCCUCACACCUGAGAGAGCUGGACCUGAGAUACAAUCACCCAGGAGACUCAGGAGUGAGAGCGCUGUUUGCUGCCAAACUGGACACACUCACACUGCUUGUGGAACAUGGAGGAGAGAACAGGAUCAAACCAGGACCCAGGAAAUAUGGCUGUCUGCUCACACUGGAUCCAAACACAGCGUACAGAGAGCUGUCUCUGUCUGAGGGGAACAGAAAGGUGACACGCGCACAGGAAAGAGAGGAGCCAUAUCCUGAUCAUCCAGAGAGAUUUGAGUCUAAGCCCCAGGUUCUGUGCAGAGAGAGUUUGUGUGCGUGCUGUUACUGGGAGGCUGAGUACAAUCUGUCUGAGGGGGGAGGGGUUGAUAUAGCAGUGACAUAUAAAGGAAUCAGCAGGAAAGGAGGAGAUGUUGACUGUGAGUUUGGAUUGAAUGAAAACUCCUGGAGUCUGUGGUGCGAUGAACACAGAUACUCUGUCUGGCACAAUAAUAACCCCACAGACCUACCUGCCCGCCCCUCCCCCUACCACAGAGCAGGAGUGUGUGAUGAUGGUGCUGGUGCAGGAGUGUGUGUGUACAGGGUAGGAGUGUGUGUGGACCGUCUGGCUGGCACUCUGUCCUUCUACAGCGUCUCUGACUCUGACACACUGACUCUCCUGCACACACUCCACACACACUUCACUCAACACACACCCCUCUAUGCUGGGUUUAAAGUGGGGUGGGGCUCAGUGUCCCUCUGCCAACUGGAGUAGAGACACACACACACACACUCACACACAACACACACACCCCUCCACCCCCCACCCCCC